AUGGAGGUGCGUGAGAUAAUACAAUCAACAGAAGACAUUCAUCUGCAUGAUGAUGAGGAGGGAAUACGAUUUGAAGAGGAGGUCUACGGAACUGCAGCGCUGCCGCCCCCUGUGCGUAAUACAUGGACGCUGGUCGGGAGAUUCCUAACGGAUCGAAUGAUGAAAGUGGAGAUGAUGAAGAGGGUGAUGGCUUCGGCUUGGCGUCCUCUCAUGGGAAUAGAGAUAACAGAUGUACUCCCGAACCUGUAUCUCUUCACUUUUUUUGAUGAAACUGAUAUGCGCCGGGUGUUGGAGGAGGGGCCCUGGGCGUUUGAGAACACGACGCUUGUGUGUCAAGUUCUGGAAGAUGGAGUCGAUCCAACGCAGGUGGUAUUGAACACAAUGGACUUCUGGCUACAGAUUUAUGAUAUCCCGUUGGGAUACCGUACGGUGAAGGUACUUGAAAGGAUUGGAGAUUUUGCGAGGGUGUUUUUGCGGUAUGAUGAACGUAACUUUGGGAGAUCAUGGACUUCGUUUUACCGGAUACGUAUAACGCAUGAUGUAACGGUACCAUUGAAACGCCGUAUGAAGAUGAUCAUGCGAGAUGGAACAUGGACGUGGGUAAAUUUCAAGUACGAGCGCCUGCAUAUGUUUUGUUUCUUUUGUGGAAUAAUGGGGCAUACUGAUAAGUUUUGUUUAGCUGCUCGGCGUUCUUUGUUGUCUCCGGAUCAGUACAUGUUUGGUGCGACAAUGAGGGCGGGUGGACAUAGUCCAGCCAAGUUGAUAGGAGAUAAGUGGUUCAAAUUGGGACAAGAAAGGAGGAAGGAAAUUGGUUUUGGUAUGAGGGGGAACGGGCAGGCUCGUAUGGCUGGAGAGAGGGCGGUGGUGGCCUGA